AAGUCUUCGGUUUGCUACCGAGAGCAUUUCAGAGUAAACAUGACAGGCUGUUUUAGUUGAGAAGAUCGAAUCGAACAAUUACAGUUAAAAAUGCAAGAAGACAGCCCAGGUAGUAGGGGAAAACGCACAAGAAAUGAACGUUACAGUACACCAACAAAACCAAAGCAGUUGUCUGUGAAAGCUGCACGGCAAAAGGCAAAGGAAUUUGCCACAAAAGAUGACAAGCCUACUCGUGUGUUGGCAAAGCAAGCCAUUUUAAAGGAACUCAGGGCUCAACUUGCUGUUAGAGCUCAUGGUCUUGUUCCACGAAAUCGAAGCGAGGAGGAAAAAGCUAAGAACGAUCCAGUGCAUUUACCAGUAAGCAACACAAAGAAACAGGAUAGAAAACCAGUUAAAUCAACAUCCAAGCUUCCGAGAAGAGUAGAUGGAGCCUAUGCCAGUGUACAAAAGCAAGGACAAACAAAAUCUGUCGUACAACCCAAGAAGAAGAUUCCUCAACAAGAAGCAGGUUUUGCUGAUAAAGGAGACAACCAACAUGAAAAAAGAAGAAAAAGGUUUUUAGCUGAGAAGUAUCUAUUUAUUUGGAAAAACAAGACCUAUGGAAGGUUAACUCCAGCUACAGCAAGAGCCCAUUAUGAAAAAAAGCUGAAGCGGCAUACACUGCAGGUAUGGCAGGAUAUUUGGUGGACAGGGAGAAAGGGGUGGAAGCUUAAUGUCAGAGCUGAUUAUCACAACAGAUAUAGACUUUGGCAAAAGUCUUGGAAAGCAUGGAGACAGUAUGUCAUUUAUUGCCGAAUAAAAGCGACAAAGGAUAAGUUGGCUCAUCACAGGGCACAUCAUUCAUUGCUUGCAAAAUGUUGGUCUGGCUGGAAAGCAUACAUUAGAAUCAGAAGAGGCAAAAGACAACAGAAUGACAGAGCAAUGGAUUUGGCUUACAAGCAACUAAAAAAGUAUGUAUGGGAACACUGGCUGUCACAGUUGGCUUUCAAGGAAAAGUUACAGCACAUGAACAAUGAAGCCCUUCAGUUCUGGGCAGCUUGUCUAAUGUCUAAGGCUUGGAGGAUAUGGACAACCUUGUAUUUUGAAAGAAUUGAAGAGAGGAAUAGGUUGAGAAUGGCUUCACAAUACUCUGACAGAAUAUUACUGCUUAAAGUAUGGAGAGGAAUGAAAAACUACAAGGCUGUUAAAAGAUUGAAACAGUUAAGGAGAGAUGCUGCAGGAAGACACUUUUCCUUAAUAUUACUGAAAAAGUCAUUUCAAACAUGGGUGGUAAGUUGGCAGAGACAACUAGAGCUUGCUCAGUUUGAUGACUUGAUUACCUACAAGGGCAAUGUGGCUGUAGCCAGGAGAGUAUUAAUUCAUUGGAAACACUACAUUUCUCUGAAGAAGGACAUGUACAAGAAUGAAGAUGUUGCUGCCAACCACUAUGAAAAACAUUUGCUGACAAUCUGCUUCAAUGCUCUUCAUCUGCAAUCAAUUCAGAGAAGACUUAAAGAAAUGCGAGUAAAGAUGGCUGAUGAUCUGCACAAGAAACUUAGACUUCAAAGGGUGUGGAGCAUUUGGCUAAAGCGAUGUGAGCAUUCUGAGGAGCUGAAGCUUCAUGCAGUAUCCAGGAGAGCAAGAGCACAUUACAGGCUUCAGCUGAAGAGGAAGCUUUUUAUAAUUUGGGUGAGGUACUGUCAGUGGAGAAGAUUCAGAAAAUCUCAGUAUGCAAAAGCUGAUUAUCAUUUCCGUGAGAAAGCAUUGCCCAGGUAUUUUUGUCAAAUGAUGAUUUUUGUUGAUCUGAUGCAUGCUCAAAAAGAAACUAUUCUUGCUUCCAAGAAGUUCAGACGUGAAGCACUUUUGGCAAAGUCAUUUUACUUGUGGUGGAGGAGAUACCAGCUUAUGAUGGACAUCAGAAUGAUGGAAAGGAUGGCCAUUCUUCAUAAUGAUGAAGUUGUGAAGAGGCGCUGUCUUCGAUUUUGGACUCAACAAGCACGGAAAGUAUUACGUGAAAGAAGGCUUGAGGUUGUUGCCGAUGAUCAUUACCAUCACAGAUUGUUGCUGAUGGGGAUAAGGAGAUGGAGAGAGUUUAACCGAGAAAUGAAAGAAAGUCGUUCAGUGCAGCAUUUGUCAGUAAGGCAUUACUACAUCUAUCUGUUGAAAAAGACUUGGACAGCAUGGCAACGGUUUGUUUAUUUCAGACAGGUGAAAUGGCGAAAACAGACUCGUGCUUCCCUUCAUUAUCAACGGCGUCUUCUUUCACUAGUAGUCGGUGCUUGGAAGGAUCAUUACCAACACGCCAAGGCUGUUGAAACACGGUGUGAACAGAGACUUCAAACCUGCAAUACGGAUCGACUUAGAUCUGCCUUUGAAACGUGGAAGAAGAACAGUAAAGCAGAGAAAGAACAGAGAAAGAAUAAAAUUAUUGGUGACAGAUUUUUUGAACGAGCAUUACUUUCCAAGUGUUUGUCAUUUUGGAGAGAAUUUGCAGCCCACCGCGCGGUAAGGAAAUGGCAACAGUGGCAACGUGUUCGGGAAAUUCAGCAGAAACUAGAUAAAGGUAAAUUGUACCGCUCAUUUCGCGCAUGGAAAUCAUUCAAAAGGAGGUCAGUAAAAGACAAGAUUCUCAAAAACAAGGCUUUGGACCACUAUGAGAAGACGCUGCUUGGUAAAGCCGUGUUCACUUGGAAAAGCUACAUACAUCUGUGUUUUAGGAUCAAGAUUCUGCAAAGGCAAAGCAUGUGGCUUCAUAAUCGAAGAAUUACAGCUGCGUUCUUCAGAAAAUGGAAGAAACAGCAUGGCGGUAUAGUUUACGAAAAGAGACAGACAGUACAGGCUUUGUGGCAUUGGAGUGUUACUCUGCAAAGAAAGGCAUUUUACGCCCUUUUGGAGUACGCAAUCUUACGUAAGAAGAAAGCAGUUCGAAUCGCCAGAGCUUUGGAAGUACGAAGAAACAGGCUUCUGCAAGCAGGUGUCAAACAGUGGAUGAAGGUUGGGUUUCACCUGGCAUCAGAGAGGUCAAGGUUGGCUCAAGAAAGACAGCUGGAGGUUGCUCAAUCGUUACACCAGUGCGUGUAUCGCUGUGCAAUUCACUGGAGAAGAGUAACGGCCAAUAGAGUUCGACAAAGAGGAGGGAGACCGAGGCCCAAACGAGUGAUGAGUCCACAAUUUGAUGGACCAGGUACCACAUCACUGGAAAGUUCGCACUCAGCGCACUCGAUUCAGCCCUCGAUAUACCGCUGGCAAGUUGACAGGAUUGCCUCAGAAGCCUUUAAGGAGCGCCCCAAGCCAAGAAAACCUGAUUACUUAAGGGAGUCUUUUGACCUCGCCGAGAUUUCUAUGGCAACGAGCCUCUACCCACGCGUGUCGUCCGCUCGUAUCACAGCGAGAGAGGAGGAGGACGAAGCAAAACCUCGGACGUCCCCGCCUCGACCUUCCUAUCUAAGGAGAACCAUUAUUCAUCCCCACGAGAUGAAAGCUGGGGAAGAAUCCUUCAUGUUUCCCUCGUCUUCAGGGGAAGAAUCUUAUUCCGGCAGAGAAGGGUCAGAAAGCUUAGUGACAGAUGGGCGUGGCUCAUCGAAAGCUGUGGUCCAACCCAAAUUACAGCCUUUGCCUAAGCCAGUAUCAAAACCCGCUCAAAUUUCAGCUUCCGUUGCACCCACUAUCCACAUGAGUCCAACUGGAAGAGCAGAACGAAGAGCUGUGUUGUUACCUCCCUCGUCCUUCACUCUGCCCACUCGUGACAAAAGUAGUCCGCUGCAGCUCUCUUUGCCUGACGCAGCAGAGGUACGGGCCUCUUCCUCAACACAUCCUGCCUCAUCUCCCUGCACUUCCAUCGAAAGCGAAAAAGAGGCGGCGCCUAGUCCUUCAGCAAAGGUUUCGCCGAGAAAAAACUCUGAAGACGAAAACAAUGAAAAUUCUGUUGGAGAGGUCAGUGAAGAUGAAGACGCCAACGAAGAAGAGUUGGACAGAGAGGCUAAACGUGACAAAUUUAAGCUGGAUGUGAGAGAAGAAGCUCCGAAGAGCAGCUUGUUUGGUGAGCUAAAAAAGGAAGGGAAUCUCCAGGAACGUGUUAUCCACAUGAAGAAUACUCUACAAGAGUUUCACGACAUGAAAGUGGCCUACAGUCACAAAAAGAAACAGCGCGAUCAGCUGUCCGUGUGGGUUGAGGAACAGAUAAAGGAGCUGGGACCGAAUCACCAGGAUGAGGAGCUGUUUCAAACACAACAGUGCUUGCUCGAGUUGACUGUGGAAGUAAACGAAAUAGCCCAGAAAAUAAAACGGAGGCGACCCCUGGUUGAACAAGUGGCAUUGAAUAUCAGAGAACUGAUACAGCAAACAGGACGCUGGGGACCGGGCUAGCUGGUUUAUCCACUACUACUCGUGUAUGUCAGCAUGGUCGAGUCUACCAAAGCUGAACGUAUUCUUUGCCAUUUCUUACUUACAAAUGGAUACACAAGGAUUGUGGCUAAAGAGAAACGACUGUGGGACAGACUUGCUUUAAUAGAAAAUAAUAAAUAUCGAAUGCCAUGAGCAGAACUGAAAAGUAAACCAAAGCAGCCGGUGCAAGGUGCCAUGUCUGCGUAAGGUAGACUAAACAAGAGACAUUGUUGCAACUUUAUACAUUGAUAGUGAACGAUGGACACCGAUCAGUUGUACUCCCAGAAUACACUGCAAUUAAUUAAACAUGAACAAGGAAAUUAGACGUUCUCAGUUCUUCAAAAUUCGAAAGGGGCUUCGAAAAUACCAACUUAUCAAUUAAAAUAUUCAUUGGGAGUCUUUCCUUAACGAUUUCCCUUGCUUGUUCGUGAGCUGAAGUUUUCGAAAUGUAGGUUGUCUCUUGAGUACACUAACAGUGCAUAUCAACCUAAGAUAAUAAACACCACUAUUCUUUUGA